UCACACAAUCCAUCCUAUUCUCCGUCAAGAUGCAGGAACAGUUCGCUCCAUUGAAGAAUGACCUUUUGCUGAGGGCCGCAAGAGGCGAGAAGGUCGAGCGUCCUCCGAUAUGGGUUAUGCGUCAAGCUGGACGCUAUCUCCCCGAAUACCACGAAGCUAAAGGAGGUCGCGACUUUUUCGAAUGCUGCCGCAGCCCGGAAAUCGCCUCGACGUUGACUAUCCAGCCGGUGGAACGGUAUGCAGGGCUUAUCGAUGCCGCAAUCAUCUUCUCCGAUAUUCUAGUCAUUCCCCAGGCUAUGGGAAUGCAGGUUGAGAUGGUUGACAAGAAGGGACCCCACUUCCCUGAACCGCUGAAGUCGCCGGACGACGGACAGUACGAAAAAGUGAUGCAGAAGCAGGUCGAUGUUAAGGCGGAGCUUGACUAUGUUUACAAGGCCAUCCGACUCACCCGGCAUAAGUUGCAAGGCCGUGUCCCGCUCAUUGGUUUUUGUGGUGCUCCUUGGACCCUCCUGUGCUACAUGGUUGAAGGUGGCGGAAGCAAGAUGUUUGUUCAGUCGAAGACAUGGGUCUACAAGUACCCAAAGGAAUCCCAGGCGUUGUUGCAAAAGAUCGCAGAGAUCUGUGUGGAAUACCUUGCUCUCCAGGUUGCCGCAGGCGCCCAGUUGGUCCAGGUCUUUGACUCAUGGGCCGGUGAACUUUCUCCGGCCUCGUUCAAGUCGUUCUCGCUCCCAUAUCUGCGCCAUAUCUCUGCAAAUCUGCCCAAGCGGCUGAGGGAAAUGGGACUGGAGCCAGUGCCCAUGACUGUUUUCGCCAAGGGCGCAUGGUAUGCACUUGAUGAUCUUUGUGAAUCCGGCUAUAACGUUGUGGGGCUUGACUGGCUACAUGACCCAGCGGAAGCUAGGCGAAUUGCGAAUGGUCGGGUCACCAUCCAGGGUAAUGCUGAUCCCGGUAUGCUCUACGGUGGUCGUGCUGCCAUCACGGAAGUUGUCGAGAACAUGGUUAAAGGGUUCGAGAAGGGCAAGCAAGGAUGGAUUGCCAACUUGGGCCAUGGCAUUACUCCAUUUGUGAAGCCUGAGGAUCUUAAAUUCUUUUUUGAGGAGAUCCACAGACUAACGGCUUAAACAAAGCAUAUGACAUGAUCAUGGCGAUGAUUUUUGAAGGGUUGAGGCUCUGACUAUGUACACUGCGAUUCCUCAUACCCUGCAGCUCAUCGGCGAAUGGCUGAUUGGCCUAUGAUAUAUUCACGGCUUAUACGGCAAUAUCCUCAUUCCUACAUUUUAUAUGUCGACCAUAGUUAGUUACUAUCAUUUUGAGAUGGGGGGAUGGGCGGUAAAACAAUAUACGUUAUCGACGAC